AUGGAAACCCCCGACAUGGUUAAAGAAAUAUACAUUGAGUCAUUGCGACGAAGAAAAAGAGUUUCUCGAAAUGAGGAGACUACGAUUGCUAAUGGUCUUAUUUAUAUGAUAAUCAAGCUUGGGUUUAACAUCAAAAUCAAAAGGACCAAAAAAACGGUACACACAAAGAAAAUGCUUAUUGUAGAAGAGAUGGUCCAUCGUGGAACUGGUAAGGUGCUUAAUCAACAUGAUGUUGCAAAAUAUUCCAGGUGUCUUCUCGAUGAUAUUGGAAAGCCUCAUCUCGACGAGUCAGCAAUGACUUUGAAACAAUUUAAAAGAUCAAGAGAGGCUCAGAUCAGUAAUUCUCUCUUGUUCUUCUUAAAGAUGGUUGGAUUCUCCUUUGAAGAAAAAAAGACCAAAAAAGCCAAAUACACUGAAAAGUUGAUCAGAGUUUCACAACUGUCAUACAAAGAACAAAUUAUCUCCUUCGCUGAACUGGAAACAUUUGCUGAGGCACUCGAACAAGUUGCCGAACAAAAAUUGGGCGAGAGGAGCUUUAUCGAAAUCACAGAAAAAGACUUGCAAAAGGAAGAAGGCAAAUUCGUCUUCCCAACUGUCUCAUUCACUGAAACAUUAAACAUGAAAUCGCCAGAAGAGACAAAGAAUGAAAAUGAAAGCGUCAUCGACUCAACUGCUUUUGCCACUAUCGACCAAGAAAAGCAACCCCUUGUCCAAAACCAGGUCCCACAGAUGUGCUACUAUCCUACAGAAAACACUCUCUUACAAAACUCAGCUAUUCAGCCUAACGUGGGACAAGUUGUUACAUGCUUUAACCAAUUUGGACAGCCAAUGUACUUUUUUGUCCUCAACGGUGUUGCACAGGCUAUGGUACCAUUAGUACCAGUCCCUUCCACGCUAGGGUUGGUCCAAAUGAAUGUCAGUGAACCCGACGUCCAGCCCCAAUACGACAACCAAAUGACUGGAUUUGAGCAGUAUUGA